AUGUCAGCUUCCAUAUUAUCAGUUCAAUUGUUACGGAGAGAAUGUUCUCUGACUGUUUCUCAGGAACAAUUGAACAGGAAGCCUGCAGGAGGUACUUUAUUCAGCCUCAGAUCAAGACGACAAGAGGAGUGUUACUUCGCUGUGGAGGUUGCUGGGCCCGAUGCCGUGAAGUUGGUCCACUCUGGGCCGAAUGGAACCCAAUCAGUUCUUGUGCCGGCUCAGCUCGCAGAUGGCAAGUGGCAUCGCUUAGCAUUAGGGAUUCAAGAUGACAGCUCAGUCAGAAGUUACUUCGAUUGCCGUUGGGUUAGCACAGACAUUUUAAGGAAAAACUCACUGGAAAUACCUGAAGAUGCUGAUCUGGUUAUUGGUUACUUAUUUUCGGGUGAGUUGGAAGAUAUGGUUCUUGUGAGCGAUCCUGCCGGAGUAGCCCAGCAGUGCAGCACCAACUUGACCCCAGCGCUCGACCCACUUCUAGAAGCGGCUAGACCUCAUAGGAAGCAGCACAGGCCCAGCUCAUCACCCUCUCACUGGUAUCCCAUGGAUGAAACUACACUUACCCCAAGGAACGAACAACUUUUUCAAGAUGAUGAAGAUUUUGAAGGGAGUGGAUCCACAGAAUUACAACAGAAACCAGAAUGGAGCGAUUGGUCGGAAUGCAGCGUGACGUGUGGCUUAGGAACUCAACAUAGAAACUCACUUUGCGCUGACGAAAACUGCAUCGAACGGAGAGAAACUAGGCCUUGCAACGCUAGACCCUGCCCACGCAGGGCAUCACAAAACGACUGUCGUUGUGAAAAUGGUGGGAGAUGCAGAAAGAGAGGAGGAUGCCAUUGCAAAGGGGGUUGGCAUGGAGCACAAUGUGAGGAACCAGUCUGCAAUGCAUUAUGUCAUCAAAGAGGAGGCACAUGCACUGCUCCAGGAGUCUGUGUUUGCCCAGCAGGAUUGUGUCAGGACCCCAUUUGUGAUCCGGAAUGUAAGAAUGGAGGUCACUGUUUAAGAAACAAUCAAUGCCAGUGUCCACCAAACACAAGUGGAGAUCAUUGUCAAAAUUACACAUGUGGAGCAGGUUGCCAGAAUGGAGGAACAUGCGUAGGACCGGGCCUUUGUGAAUGUCCCCAUAAUUCCACAGGCCUACUUUGUGAAGUGCCACUUUGUGAACCACCGUGUGAAAAUUCUGCAACAUGUGCACCAGGAAAUAUUUGUUUAUGUCACCCUCAUUCAUCCGGACCCCGAUGCCAUGACAAAAAAUGUGAAUAUCGCCCUGUCCAAGAGCCAUAUACUCGCGGAUUUAGAAGAUUGGUCAAAAAGAGGUAUGAGACAAAAUGUGAACCAUGGAGUUGGAAAUCUUGCCUCAGAACAGUACCUGAAUAUCAAACAGUCUAUAAAACAUUUUAUAGAACCACCUAUAAGUGCAUUGAUCAGCCAUGAAGUUAAUAUAAGUUUGUGGCCCAUACAUAUCUCUCGUCCAGACGAAGUGGAGGAAAGGUGGUACAUCACCUGAUUAUCUAAUAGAUUUGUAAAUAAUUUCAUUCUCUGUUACAUUAUCUAUUAUAUAUUUAAUUUAAUUUAUUUAUUUUACUUCUGGGGUGGAUGGAAAAAGUUAUUAUUUUAGUUGUGUUGACAAAAAGUAUUUUGUAAUUUUAAAAAUAAUCUUUUUCAAUAUAAUUGGUUGUUUCAUACUUGUUUAGCAAUGCUAUCAUGAUGAAAUGAGGAAUUAUGAAGUAGAUUAGAUAUAGCUGCUUAUAGAUUAGCAAUGUAGCGACUAUUAUUUUAUUCUGAGAUAUAUAGAACAUGUAUAGA